AUGCCUCUUCCUACCAAGGAGGAUUUCGAUCUUGGGGAUGGUCGCCCUUUUGAAAACAACGACGAGGAUGUGGAAAUUAUACAAGCGGCGAUGGAGGCAAACGAACAUGCCACACAACGGGCUGCGUUAGCUACGUCGGGCAACGUUGAUGUGGAGGAUCGGCCGGCCGGUGUACCAGCGUCCACCCAGGCCGGCCAGACCAGGGCGUCUGACUGGUCAGGCGGCGAUUCCGUUGCUCGCCAUGCCGUUCCGUCCAUUCCGAACCUCUAUCCUGCCGGCUUCAUAGACGUCGAUCAACACUUCCAGACCGGCCCUCCGCUGAUGAAGGUGCUGAGGUCGGCGGUGUGGUUCGGCGUUAAUUGGGACCCGACCAAGCGGAAGCAGCAGUUGACCGACAUCAUCAACCGCGUUUCGAUGUGUGCUGUGUUUGGGCCAGUCGCAGCCAGCACGGCCAGAAAGACUGGUGAGGAAGGUAAGCAGCUGGCCCAAGCUGUUGCUGCUUCAUCUUGCGCCGUGUGGUGCUUCGCCGAGACCGAGGCACAGGUCGGCGAUGCGGCGGGUGAAGCGAAGGCGACGGCAGUGCUUUGUGGAGCGAGCACCGACUUUGCAGACCUCUGUCACGACGUUGUGAUGGCGGUGAUAGAAACGGCGGUUGCGAGGCAGGCCGCGCUGGGGGAGGUUCCGUGCAACGUCACCGACGAAUUGCAGGGUACUGCUCUUCGCAAGCUCUACAAGAACCUCGAACCCAAAGACGACGUCGAGAUUAUCGCCUGGGCGACUAUCGAGACCCUCACAUUUUGGGGUUCGUGUUACGCCAGCGGCCCUCUUCUCCGAGCACGCGGCAUCGAGGUGCCGCUGGACAAGAAGAUGGACAAAUAUUUGGAGAACAGGGGGAAGAAGGGACUGAAGGGGAAGCACGCCGUGUAG